CGCUAAACCUUGAAUUAACCUCCUACGACCACUGGACCAGGGGUUAAAGCUAUACAAACCACCAAAGUACGACACUCGGAAGACGUAUUUGCGACCGAACGACCAGUGUGCAACCACGGAUUUCAAGCCUUGAACAUCGUUUCUGCUGCGUGGAGACUAGAGCAUGCACAGCCAUGCAUGAAAAAAUGAGGCUUCUAAUGGCAUUUCUGUCCGUCAUAUAUUUUAGGAACGCGGUUAUUUCGAACAAAACUCGUCAAAUUAUAAAAAAGCACCGCAUCACAGCAAUCAAACGAACAAAAACAAGGGCUUGGUAUUUAUUGUGUUGUCUGGUUGUGAUUUUAUGUAUAUGUAAAAUGGACCGCUCUUGUAUAAUUGCUGGAAGAGAUGAUGGUCUUGCAAGUUCCCAAUGCGAAUUCAACAAAAAAUGCAGAAGAAUAUCAAUAAAAAAUAUGCCACUCGGAAUCAACAAUCAGGAUAUCUCGGAUUUGUUGAAGCCAUAUCAUUAUCAACAAAUACAUAUAGACAAAAUGAACCUGUCUUGUAAAGCUGUUUUGUUGGAUGGUGAAUCUGCAUGUCGCUGUAUGGAAGACCUUCAUUUGAAAUCAUUUCGUGGUUCGCAGUUGAUUGUUUCAUUGGCGUCCUGUGACUUCAUGCUAUGUGUAACACAACUUCCUGCACUCUACACCAGAGAACAGUUUCUUACCCUCAUCACACCGUUUGGGACACCAGAAAGAUGUUUUCUCGUUCAUAGUGAAGUAAAUGGCCUGAGCAAAGGAUAUGGAUGUGUUGAGUUCACAAGUAAAGAGUCAUCAAUUAAAGCAAAAAAUCAUCUUAAUGGAAAAUCUAUUGGCCAACAAACUUUACAAGUUCACUGGCUUGACACCAUCCCUCAAACAUACUCUGGUCUACAUUCAUCAUGUUUACUGGUAGAAAAUUUACCAAAUUCUUUAAAAGAAUCGAACAAGUUAAGGGAGUUGUUUUCUCAUGAAAACAUUAGGCCCAAAUUUUGUCAGACAUCAAACUGUUCCGAGAGAGAUUUUCUGAUAGUAGAAUAUCUCACACCUGCGCAUGCGGAAGUCUUGUGGAUGAAAAUGAACAAUCAUAAAAUAGGUUCAAGCAUACUUUGUGUGUCAUUCUGCGUUCCUGGACCUUGUGGACUUGUUGUACUAAAUUCAUUGAAGGCUUCCAGAGAUUUAAAAAGAAACAAUCCAUCUGGAGGUCUGCUGCCUACUCCUGUGCAAAAACUUGAUGUUUCGUCACAUCAACACAAAGCAGCAAUCAAUACAAAAGUCCCUACAACGCUUCAGUCAGCAUUAAAUGGGAAUUUAGUUCACGCUGCUGCAAAUCACAAUGAUCCAGAGGUGCAAAGACUACUUAAAGCGUUGCAUGUUCGGCUCCUCAAUGCUCCUAACCCAGUUUGUCUUCAACAGACAACAAUGAUUCGAAAUUGUGCUGUUACAAAUGAUGCCACUAUGCAACCUGGAAUGGUUUCCAGGCAAAUAGUUCAACCUCCACAACCUUUUCAUGGCGAACCACAACCUCAGUUUAAUCAAGGCUUCGAAGGAACAGCAUGUCAAAUUCCACCUUCUGGUCAUCUGAUGCCAUUGCAAGGUCGUGGUCGAAGUGCUUCAUAUGAUUCAGGAGUACAAGCAGCGACUGAUGAUGAAGUUUUUAGUUCUGGUAGUUCAAGUCAAGAGGAUGUAGGACAGUUUUCAGAUAAUGUGGAACAGCAUCCGAACAAUUCAGCUAACAACAUUCCAUAUUUUUUCAAUGGUAAAUGGAUCAAACCUGACAACCGAUUUAGGCCUGACCAUCCUUCAGCAUUUUGUCACCGAUCUGGCAAAGUCGAUAUGAAUCAACCAAUCAUUCCAUACCAUCAGCCUCCUGGUAUUAUUACAUGUCAGAGAGAAGAGUUACAGAGAAGCGACAGCUCUGAUUCAGCUUACGGUGGAAGCCAGGAAAGCACAAGUUCCGUUUCUGAUGUAUCAACUUCAAACAUAAAUGGUGAAAUGCAACAUUAUUUGUUUUCAACUGCGAUGCAAAGUGGGACUGCUUUUCAACAUCUUCCAUCCAACCAUAGACAGGAUGGAAUUUUAGGUGAACAUCCUAGUCAAAAGAUGCAAGCUAGUAAAGAAUAUUCAAAACAUGUUGCUAAUACUCUGCCUCUCUCUUCUCUUGCGACAAAGGCCAAAUUAGUUCAAGAACAUUCUAUGAUUUGCCGAAAUCAAAGUAACAACCCCAACAAACAGGAAGGUUUGCAAAGUAACUUUUCACAAUAUACAAGACCACUUCCUCGACGUGCUGGCAUUGGAGAACUUGGAAAAAGCGACAAAAUGGUCAUGAAUGGUAUCCCACGUCCAGAGUUUUUGUUUUCCAGCUUGUCCCCUAAAGAUGAAGUUCUUAAUCCGAGGCAUAAAGUUCUAUCAUCGAUGAAUGGAUCGAACCCUGCCUUCACUCAACAUAGAUCACGUCUUUCAACCACACCUGUGUAUGAUAUGUCCUCACCAUGUUUCAACAGGAAGACUAGUUUUUCGAGUCUUAUCGCAGAUCUACAUGACAUUGGUGCUGAUUCACCGACUCAGUUGCAGCUACUUGGAAGCAGUUUGAUGGAAGGUUUACUAGGUGAUAGUCCACGAUCUACAGCAGACUCGUUGACUGAAUCUGGUAAUGGAAGUUCUGGGGCAGGCAGAUUGCUUCGUGCUUUAAAUCUAUUUUCUCCAACAGAAUGCUUGAACUCUCCUCACACCCCAAAUAUGGUCCGAAAGCGUGGUUGUGGAAUGCUACCUUCACCAGAACCUAGUCCAGAAGCAGGAGCGUAUGUUGGACAACACUCGCAAGGUCUUGGUGGUCAUUAUGCCAAUCCUUUUCUCAGCAACCUAAUUUUACACAAACGUAGGAGAAGUAAUGAAACCUGAAAGUUUUGUAAUUUUGUUAAAUGUCAUUCACAAAUAACACUUCUGUUAUCAUUUGUUAGAUUAGUGCAGUGUUGUUUACAUGUGCACAUUCACAAAUUACAAUUUUUUUUCAUGCGUCUGAGCAUACUUUUCAAUCAUUUUAGGUCUAGACCAAAAGUACUCAACCAAUUACAAUCAUGCCUUAUAAAUUAUAUAUUGCUUUUUUCUGUGACCAAUGUCAAAAUAUUUUGUAAAAUAUUGGUAUAAUGCAUUAAUGAUAACGCUCAAAUUGUAUUUCUAACACCAAUUGUAUGACAAUUGUUGUCAUGUUUUAUAAAUAUGUGAAUCUAUGACUGCUUUAAAAUAAUAUGUUGUACUGCUACUUUGUCCUUGUCAGAGAAUGGUCUUUGUGAUCGUGUUGUGUCGUUCUUAUUGUGUAAUCUGCUUUUAUAGAAUUGUUUUUGCUGGCUAUUAUAGUUCGUUUCGCUCGGUGGCUGCUCAAUUUUUUUCUAUAAUUCGCUUAUUCCUUUUAAUAUUUCUUCUGAAAAUUUUUUCUUUCAUAGUGUUCUAAUUUUUCUGUCCUGAUUAUUGAUGACUUGAUUUACUUCUACACUUUAUAGAAAUUGAUCUCUGUGUAUAUCUAGCCAAGCAGCAUGAUGAGAUAUGUAAAUUACAUUCGUACAGUUGAAACAGAAUUUUUCCGGAGCUUUACUGGUAAUGCUUGGCUAAAUAUAACCUGACAAUCAUAUUUCAAUCUAACUCAUUUUUUCUGUUUUCACUUUUCUUUCGCUUUGUUCUUUAUAUUUUAAACUGAACUUCUUUCAUCAUUUCAUGAUUCAAAUUGAACUUUUAUACACUUUAUUGUCCACUACAUAAUUGAAUUUAUGGAUGAUGCUUCGAGUGAAAGCCAGAUUUGGAUUUGACUGUUCGUUUUUUUAGUCAACUUGGUGGAAAAUAUCGAUUUGUGGUGGUGUGAAAAUGUCCCAACAGAUCAUGGUCUUUCACUCAAUUUAGCUUAAUCAUGUGUGAAGGUUGAAUGACCCUUCAAGUCCGUCAGAAAAUGGUAACUGUCGGGUGUGAUACAUAAAAUAAUAGGUUCUCCCUGCCACAAUUAUUUGCUGACACUUUUUAACUUUUAGCAAUAUUAAAUAUGUAUUGUUAUUUUAUCGUGCAGCAAUUAUAAAUUUGAUGAGAUUUUUGAAGGUCA